AUGCAGCUGGACGUAGGGAGGGACGCUCGGACCUGGGGACUCAACCAGUCCUGCUCAUCACAUGGCACAGGAGAGCUCCUCAGGUCAGGACUCAGCCGUCCACCUCUAAAAGACAAGGGAUGUUCAUCUGAAGACAACUAUGUCCACAUGCUGUCCAUGGAGGACACAUGGUCUGAACCAGGAGUAAGAGAAGCCGUCUACGUCAAACUAGAGAAGCCGUCUCUGAACAGGAGGUCAAAGGGGAAUGGAACCCCCACUGUGCACACAGAGACAUUGAGCUGGACACUUGCGCUGGUUGCCAUGGCAGCAGAGCUGACUCAGGACCAGUUGUCUUUGACCAGGAGAGUUGAUGAACAGGCCUCGUUCAGCUGUGGAGGAACUGAUCAGUGUGUCUGGAUAGACUGGUUUCAGAAGAAAGACACAGGAACGUUCAUACUGAUUCUUGAUAUUUAUGAAAGUGGUGGUUACAUUUAUAAGAAUUACAAUCAUCCUCAGAAAGACGACUUCACAUCUCAGAGACAACAGAACAGCUGGGAGUUGAAGAUAGAGAAAGUUAAACACUCUCAUGCAGCCACGUACUACUGCGCCUGUUGGUUGAUCUUCGGCUCAGGAACCAAAUUGUUCGUAGAUGAUCGUCCGCUGGUGACCCCGGUGGUGAGCGUGUACCCGGCAGCUUCCAUCGCCGCCCUGGACGGGAAGAGCUCCCUGCUGUGUGUGGCCUCCAACAUGGUUCCUCCUCUGGUCCAGUUCUCCUGGACAAGACAGAGGGAGGGUGGUCCUCUGGAGACGCUGUCCUCUGCUGAUGGAGAGCAGCUGGAGCUCAGAGGGACAGGACGCACCGCCGCCAUCAUGGUGGUCGACCGGCACGCUUCCUACACAUACAACUACACCUGCCACGUCCGGCAUGAGGGAGGCACAGUGGAGGCUCCGGCAGAGCAAGCACCAACGACUCAAAUACCGACGGCUCCACCACAGCCGGCUCCGGCGGCCGUGGCCUGGUCUCAGCGGCAGGUGAAGCUGCUGUGUCUGCUCUACACGCUGCUGAUGGUGAAGAGUCUGGUUUACUGCGGUGGACUCGCUCUGAUCCACAUCCUGAGGAACCGGGAGCGUCCAGCCGCUGCUCACCAGACGACCGAGUUUCCUGCAGCAGCUUCAACUUCUCACUGA